UCGAGCCCAAAACCGCACAGCCAGCCCGGUGACCCCACCAAGACACACGCAGAGGGGGCAAAAAACGUGCUCGCUCUCCGUCUCCUCCCAAUGCGGCGUCUCGCUGUCCUCCUGCUGCCGCUGCUCCUCGCCGCCGGCGCCGCGGCGGCGGCGGCGGCGGGGCCCGCGACGCCUCCCUCCGCCUCCCCUGCCCCUCCUCCUCCGACUCCGCCGCCGCCGCCGCCUCCACCGCACAAGAACGCGACGCUCGCCGAGCUCCUCCCGCUCUACGGCCUGCCCCCGGGCGUCUUCCCCUCGACCGUCACCGCCUUCUCGCUCGCGGACAACGGCAGCCUCUCUGUCGACCUCGCGGGGCCCUGCUACGUCCACUUCGAGUACCUCACCUACUUCGCACCCCGCGUCACGGGGGUGCUCCGCUACGGCUCCCUCUCCGACCUCCAGGGCGUCCAGGUCCGCCGCUUCCUCUUCUGGCUCAACGUCAUCCGCAUUAAGGUCGACCUGCCCCCGCCGCCGCGCUACGUCUACCUCGACAUCGGCUGGAUCACGCGCAAGCUCCCCGCCUCCGACUUCCAGUCCGUCCACUCCUGCGAGGAAUCCAACCGGUGCCGCCUCUCCUCCGCCCUCGCAGUCGCCGCCAGAUGGUUCCAGGACUUCUUUGCCCAAUUUUAGGGGAUGGGGAAGGUCCAGCAUUGCAUGAGGAUAGUGUUCUGAUACGGCGGUGACCGGUGAGAUUAUGGGGAUGGUGUUGGGAUAACAGUUAACAAGAACUGCCAUCUUAAUAUAUUUAUCCCAAAUUUGGUUCAGAACUGGAGGCAAUUUGCACGAUCUUGCCUUAUUGCUGGUGCCCAGUAUCAGUCAGCGGUCAGCCACUUAAAUGUCGGUGUCAAGAACAAGCGAACACAUAUACUAGUAGUGAGAUGGAUGUGGCAUGUGGCCCUCCAAACAAUAUUGAAUCCUUAAAAAAAAAUGAGUUGUGGUCAGAUGAGCCAUUGUUGUUCCUUCCUGCCCACUUCUUGACGGAUCCAUGGAUCAGCAACUCUCUUGUCUAAAGCAUCUGACGAUUUUAUGUCAUACUUUUUAAGUUAUAUAUAUGCCUCUAAAUGAUUCUGUUGGUUUUCAGUAACU